GCCGACGGACGGCGCUGAAACGCGUCAGACGUUUUGUUCCUGUCACGUGACCCUUUGACCAGGAAGGCGGCAGGUUGCGUGGUGGAAACACAACCUAACAAUCUAAAGGGUUUUGUAUAACGUUAGCACAUGCGCAAAACGUUUAGAAAACGGGAAAAGGUUUGCUGGCCGCGGAGCAAAUCAACAACACUCCGCAUGUCUUUAUUUCUCUCUCUCUCCCAGUACCAUUAGCCAUGUGGCUGGACUAGAGGCUCAGUGAUGCCAGCUGCAGAGCAUGUCCGUCUGGGUAGGAAGCGCACCCUGCCCCCGUGCCCCAACCCCCUCUUCCUCCAGUGGCUGUCAGAGCUCCGGGACCAGGCGGCAGAGAAGGGACAGAAGACCCAGUACGUUUAUCAGAAGGCUAUCAGUUCGUUGAAGAAGUACCCCCUCCCCCUCCAGAACGCUCGAGAGGCUAAGAUUCUACAGAACUUUGGAGACGGAAUCUGCAAGAUACUGGAUGAGAAGUUACAGAGGCAUUACAGAGAGAACGGUCCGGACGCUCCCAUCCACUCCCUUCCCAGCGGUGUGACAGUGGCCCCUAGUCGCCGUAGCAACAACAACCUGGCUCAGCCCACCAAACAGCCCUCUAGGAAAGAGAGGGAAGGAGGGAGGAGGAAGAGGGAAUAUGUGCCCCAGAAGAGGUCUGGUGGAUAUGCUGUUCUGCUAACACUCUACAGAGAGUCUCAGGUUCCUGGGGGUAAGGGAUUUAUGUUUAAACUGGAGCUGCAGGCAGAGGCCCAGCAUCUGUCUGACAAGUCCUUCUCUGUGCCUGAUCUAGGUAGUAAAUACACAGCCUGGUCCUCAGUGAGCACACUGAUACAGAAAGACUUGGUCCUGAAGACACACAACCCCGCCAGGUAUUCUCUGACUGAGCUGGGUUUGGCCCUGGCAGAGAGACUAGAAGACGGAGAGAGAGAACAAGAAGAGGACAGGAGGAGGGAUGUGAGGGAAGAAGAGGAGGGAAGUUGGCCUGGCGUUGACCUUACUGCCGAGGAAGAUGAGAGAAAGAAGAGAACAGAGCCCAUAGCGGGGCCUGACCCGGCAGCCUAUGUUGCCCAGAGAGGGAGUGAGGUGCCUGGGGUACACUCUUCAGAAAAGCCCCAGGCUGCAGAGACAAAGACCAGGCCGGCUGGAGGCUGUCUGUACCCAGGCAGUUAUGACAUUGUGCUAUGUGUGGACUUCAUUGAGACUACUGGGGGCAGCACGGCCUGUAAGCAGGAGCUGGUGAAGGAGCUGCAGAGGAACGGCGUAACCUUUGACGUCAGGAAGUUAAACGUAGGUGACUUCCUGUGGGUGGCCAAGGAGAGGGUCGCUCCCGUGUCAGGUCAGUUGCGUGCCCCUCCAAGUAGGGAGCUGGUCCUUGAUUACAUCAUCGAGAGGAAGAGGAUGGACGACUUGUGUGGUAGCAUCAUCGACGGACGAUUCAGGGAACAGAAGUUCCGUCUGAAGAGGUGUGGUCUACAGAAGCCCAUCUACCUGGUGGAGGAGUGUGGUUCUGCUGCUGCUCACCUGAGUUUACCUGAGACCACGCUACAGCAGGCUAUAGUUAAUACACAGGUGGUAGAUGGCUUCUUUGUGAAGAGAGUCCAGGACGUGAAGGAGUCUGUCGCCUACCUCACUGUCAUGACCCGGUACCUCUCCAAGCUAUACCAGAACCGUACGUUGGUCUGUCGCUCCAGGGAGCUAGAGGGGGAUGGACAGAACGAGGAAGAGUGUGGAGGGAGGGAGAGAGAGGACCCCUCCUGUUCUCUCAUCUCCUUCGCAGAGUUCAACCAAGGAGCUGUCAAGAACAAGUGUCAGACAGUGAGAGAGGUGUUUGCCAGACAGCUGAUGCAGAUCUCUGGACUCUCUGGUGAUAAGGCUGUUGCUAUACUAGAGCACUACAGUACUCUACACAGUCUGUUGAAAGCGUAUGAGCAGUGCCCCAGCGACACAGAAAGAGAGAAACUACUCUCCUCCAUCCGAUAUGGAAAACUGAAAAGGAACUUGGGGCCAGCUUUGAGUCGCACAGUUUACCAGCUCUACUGUACGAAAGGAGCACUGUCAUAGACACACACACUCUCGCUCACACUCACACACCACAACACACACACCACAACACACCUCUACAAUGUAGUGUUUAAGUCAUUCCAUGCCAAUGUAAACCUAUAUGUAAAUGCUG